AUGGGCGUCCUCACCGUUUUCCUCGACAAAUGCACCAACUUGCCCAACUCUGAUCUCAUGACUGCCAGUGAUCCUUACGUCCGUCUUGAAUUGGAGCAGGACAACUGGACCAAGGAUGUUGACUACGGAUACCAAAAAUCCACUACAAAGCAAGAUGAUCUCAAUCCAGUCUAUGGGGAAACUUUCACCUUCAAUAUCCCAACCCUUGACAACAUGGUCUUGACUUGCAAGAUCAAGGAUGAUGAUACCGGUAGUUUUGAUGACAAGCUGGGAUGGUGCAAAAUCAAGUUGGAAGAAUUGGGACUGAGCGAAACUCCCAUGGAAAUUGAACGUGUAGUGGACAGGAAUGUGAUCACGGCCAAUGGAAUGAUCUUUUUGAAGUUGUCCUACUCGGAAAAGGAACAAGGUGCUGCUGGGGGCAACAGUGGUGUCACAGAUGAGGUGGACGUUUAA